GUAUUGUCACGAUUUCUUGCAAGCCCCAGAAGCGGAGAUUAUUCAGUUCGGGUUCUCAGGAAGCCACUAAAAUAAACUGGAGAGGGGGAAUAACAACGCUGCUACAAGUGAAAGGGAAAGUGACCCAUCGAACUACUUAUAUUGUCAUCUGGACAGUUUUAGGUCAGACAGAACUCAACAGUCGAGUCAACAUGACGCAAAUUAAUUCGUGUGCGGCUCUUCUAGUCCUUGUUCUAUCCAUCGUUUCUGCAUCAUCGGCAACAGAACCGGUUCAUCCUUGCCAACGAGAAUGCGACGACGGGCCGGCGCGCCGAUGUGUCUACGAUUUCCACGUCGAGUACUAUUUCACCAUGAGCAAAGCAUGCUUCGAUUGUCCGCACAUACGGGAAGACUGCGACCGGCACCAUUGCAUACCCGCUGACGGAGUAGAGCGCGGUGUCAUCUCCAUUAAUCGCCAAAUUCCCGGUCCAUCUAUUCAAGUUUGCGAAGGUGAUAGGAUCAUUGUGAAUGUUAAGAACCACUUGCCAGGAGAAAGCUGCACUAUCCACUGGCAUGGAAUUCACCAGAUCGGAACCCCUUAUAUGGACGGUGUUCCCUUGGUUACCCAGUGCCCCAUAUCACCUGCUUCUUCAUUUCGAUACAAUUUCAUUGCUGAAAAUCCGGGCACACAUUUUUACCACUCUCACUCCGGUUUCCAACGAGCCGAUGGAGUCUUCGGUUCGUUGAUCGUCCGCCAGAGCAGACAAAACGAUCCUCACUCUUCCUUGUACGACUACGACCUUCCGGAGCACGUCAUGUUGGUGUCGGACUGGCUCGGCGAGCUGGGCGUUGCAAAGUUUGUGGCUCAUCAUCACGACGACGGCGACAACAAGCCAACGAGCAUGAUUAUCAACGGACGAGGACGACUUCCAAAAUCCAGAAGCGAGUUGACUAGUAACGAAACGAUGCCACUUUCCGUAUUCGACGUAGAACAGGGUCAACGCUAUCGCUUCCGUGUCAUCAGCAACGGGUUUUUGAAUUGCCCGAUUCAAUUGUCGGUGGAUAAUCACACUCUUCUGGUGAUCGCUAGCGACGGAGGCGCCCUUCAGCCCAUUGAAGUUGACUCGGUUGUAAUUCAUGCUGGCGAGAGGUACGAUUUCGUCGUGAAUGCAAGUCAGGAUAUCUCAUCUUACUGGAUCCGAUUACACGGACUAAUGGAUUGUUAUCCGAAAAAAAUCUUCCAAGCAGCCAUUCUUCGUUACUAUGGUUCUCCGGAAGUAGAGCCAGAAGAAAUAUUGACUUACGAGAAUACCAAACGUCCCGGCAAAGUCUUGAAUCCGGUUAACGUAGCUCCUGGCGACAAAGAAAACAUCACCGUGGCCGAGCUGAAGGCGUUGACUCCAUCUACGACGAGUAACUGGAGACGAGAACCGGAUCGCAAAUUUUACCUCUCGUACGAUUUCAAUCCAAUCAACAGCUGGCAUUUUCACGAUCCCGAACACUACCCCAUAUUUGGAGCCGAGAAGAAUCACCGACUAUACACACCGCAAAUCAAUCACAUUUCAUUGCGAAUGCCGCCAUCUCCUCCUCUCUCCCAGUACAACGAUCUUCCAUCCGGAAUUCUAUGCAACGAGUCCACUGUAGUCAACUGCCAAAAAGAAUUUUGCGACUGCACUUACACGCUGCAAAUUCCUUUAGGUUCCCUGGUCGAGCUUAUUCUUAUCGACAAAGGUGUGACGUUCGAUGCCACUCAUCCGUUUCACAUCCACGGCUCGGCUUUCCACGUUGUUGCCAUGGAGAGAAUUGCCAGCAACGUUACCGUCGAGCAGAUUCAAGUUAUGGACGAGAGCGGCCACAUUAGGCGAAACCUCGUCGACGCUCCGGUUAAGGACACGGUGGCUGUCCCCGACGGGGGUUACACAAUAGUCCGUUUCAUCGCUUCCAACCCAGGCUACUGGUUGUUUCACUGUCACCUGUCAUUUCACAUCGAAGUGGGAAUGGGGCUCAUUUUUAAAGUAGGAGAAGAUCACGAUCUCCCGCCGAUCCCCCCAAAUUUCCCAAAGUGCGGUAGCUGGCUUCCGCCUGUCGAAGAUGAAGAAAUGGAUCUCUCUUUGCCUAAAGAGAAAGUGCCUGUCGUCAUUCAAGAUCUGCCUUAUAAUGUCACUGAUUCUAAACAGAAAUCGCAAGGUGGAAGGACAGUGCGGCCUUCCACUUCAGGUGAUGAUGGCAGCGACUCUUCCUCGGACAACUCGGGAGACUCCGCAUUAACAACUCAUGUGCCUUUUACACUGGCCAACGACGAAGAUAAUUUCGUAGUCCCUCAGCGUUUAAUUAACGGUACCCUCUCGCAUUCAGAAUCUCCGACUAUUCACUCAACUUCUGGAUCGGGACAACUUGGAAAUUCGUUUCUUUUUGUGGCUUCACUUCCCAUAGGUUAUAUCUACUCACUGUACGUUCGGCGAUGAUUUCCUUUUCUACUUUUGUGUACAUUAUCAGCCAUAGCUAAUUUUUGUGUUCAUUUUUGACGAAUUCAUUAUAUGCAACUUGUCCUUCUUGAUGCUCUAUAUUUUUACCUAACAGAUCACAAAAUGGCCGAAUCAUCAUACUGUUUUAGACGUGCAUUUUGAAUAACUGUGAAUAACACCAUAUCCCUUUUUUUAAGAAUACAUUUCAUAUCGAUUCAAA